CAGCUCUGAAGUGGUCAGAGUCCAGAAGGCUGAGCGGCCGGAGGACGGAUGACCAGCAGCAAGGAGGGCCUCUGCUCUCAGCUCUCCUCUGAAGCUGUCUCGUCCCACUGAGAGGAUGCAGGUCUCCACCGCUGCCCUCUUUCUCCUCCACCUCGCCCUCACCAUUCCUCCUGCUUUUCACUGUCAGCCAAAAAUUCCUGAGUCAUUGAACCCGGCGCCCAACUGCUGCGUGAAGUAUCAUGAGAAGGUAUUGCCAAGGAAACUGGUGGCAGGAUACACAAAGGCCUUGAAUUGUUACCUGCCAGCAAUCAUUUUCAUCACCAGAAAGAACCGAGAAGUCUGCGCCAACCCCAAUGACAGCUGGGUCCAAGAGUACAUCAAGGAUCCCAAUCUACCUUUGCUUCCCCCCAGGAGCUUGGUCCGGGUUAAAACUGCUGUGUCAGGCAAGGCCAACCCUAGACCUUCAACUCCCCAUGAUGCCCAGGCCUCAGUGGAAGCCCAGGUUUGGAGAAGACAGGUGUAACUCUGUGAAAACACGGGCAACCUUGUGGUCUGAACCAGCCCAUUCACAUCCAAAGAAACAGUGAUCAAAAGCAGUAAAAGGACUUUGAAUGUUUUUCUUAGUGUCUGGAGGAAAUGCCCAAGUUAAAGGAGGAGGGCAGGCAAGACAUUCUUAACACAUGCAAAAACAUCUUUCACACCCCCCUCUCUCUGCUUUCAUUUCUCACCUCACGCCAAUAUGCCAGUCAUUCUAAAUAAGUCUGUCCAGCUUCCCAACCAGCCAGGUCAUCUCUGGUCUACAGAUCUGUACCCACUGGUCUACAGAUCUGUGCCCACUGGGAGCCCCACAGACCUCUUGGCUUUUUCAGUCCCUCCAUCUCCUGUUUCUGCAUCUAAUUUUUCUCCCAUUGUUCUUUUCUUUUCAAAUAUAAAUCUUAUGGCCUUUUUCCAACUCAUUGCCCAGGAAACAGCAUAACUUGCUCUUUGCAGGCCAGAAUGGGAGUGAAGCUCUGAAUAUGCACAUGUUAAUCCUUUUUGUCCCUGUUGCAGAGGCUCUGCUGGGUCCCCCAGUGUUUGGCCUUCCUCAGGGUGACAUGGGUACGGAGAGAGCCCAAAACAAAAGAGGUCCCGGUCUCUAGCUCCCACAGAGCAGAGGAAGAGCCUUAGACCAAGUUCAGGGCAAAAAUCUUAGUCCAAAUCAAGCAGAUGAAAAAUAAAACUCCCUUUAUUUCCACCUUGAUUCCUAACUUUUUGCCGCCUUUCUGCCAGGAUGGAAGACGCCUACUCAGUUUUUUUCAGGAGCUUCUCCACAUUCCCCUGCAGAUUCUGUCGAGGUUGGGGGCAGGUUGGGGGUGGGAGUGUUUCCGUGGCACCAAGGUCAGGCAUAUGUACUCAGUCUCCCCUUCUCUCCAUCACUCUGUCUCCAGUUCAGCAGCGGGAGGCUGACUCAGACCACAUUAAACACCCCCAAAAUGCUGAUACAAAGGCAAAACAAAAAUCAAGCAACUAAUGCUAUAUAAUGAAGAGAAACAAAUAAACUUGGUGAAAUGAUCAUUCUGAAAAA